AUGGAAUUAUCGGCAGGGUUAUUAAGAGAUAUCGGUAAAUUGUAUUAUGAAGCGAAUGACUAUAAUGUGCAACUUACGGUCGGAGGAGAAGACGAAUCUAUCGAAAAAGAAACGUUUAAGGCACAUUCGGUAAUUCUUCGUGCAAGAUCAUCAUAUUUUCAAAAUCUAUUUUCUAACGAUCAAAUAAAAAAAGAUGGUGAAUGGUUCACAUUCGAAAAACAAAGUAUACAUCCAGAUGUAUUUCGAUUACUACUAGAUUUGAAAGAACCGGAUAUGCAAGACCUAUUUAUACCGUUGUUGUUAUCAGCCGACGAAAUGUUGUUAAUUGAUUUGGUGAAAUAUAUUCAAUCACACAUAAUCGAAAACGAACAAUCAUGGUUACACGAAAAUUUCGUGCACAUAUUUCACGUUACCACCACACAUUCGACAACUUUCUCAUUAUUAGCCAACCACUGUAGUCGAUUAAUUUGUGAAAAUCCAUCACAGUUAUUUGGCACACCAUCCUUUAUACGAUUAGGAAGAUGUUCAUUGCUAACGAUUAUUAAGCGUGAUGAUUUGGAUUUGAGCGAAGUUGAUAUAUGGAAAUAUUUGUUACAAUGGGCGAUAAAUCAAUAUCCUUCACUUAAUUCAUCCGGAGAUGCAGAUUCAUGGACGAAAAAGGAUUUUAUGGAGUUGGAGAAUCGACUAAAAGACUUUCUUCCUUAUGUAAGAUUUUUUCAAAUACCAGGUGAUAAAUUAUACGAAUUUGUUUGGCCUUUUAAGAAAAUUUUACCAAAGAAAUUGAAGGCUCAAUUAACUCAAUUUCAUAUGAUGCCAAAUACUGAAUUACCGCCUUUGGGUAUUAGUUACAACCUAUCGUUGCGUUUACCCAAACAUCAGAUUGAUUCUUUAUACGUAACGUCCAAACAUGCCGGUAUGUUGAACGCGUGGAUAAACAAGGGCGAGAACGGUCUAAAGAAUAGAGAUAAAGUUGAUUUUCAAUUGUUGUUGAGAGGGAGUAGAGAUGGUAUGGAUAUUAAAACAUUUCAUGACUUAUGCGACAACAAAGGUCCAACCUUUGUAUUAGUUAAAGUGCUUGUCAUCGAAACGAGCGAUUCGUUCAUCUUUUCGUUCGCGAAUUCAGAUACUUGUGAACAAGAUGAAUAUAUUUUAAGUAGGGUACAAAAUUCUCGAUAUGCGAUUCGUGAUAUGUCAUGUAAAUUGAAUAAUAUUGGAUUCGGUCAUGAUCUCUGGUGGUUUAGCGGUAGUUGUACUCAACAAUACUACGAAAAGAAGAUUUUACCUCCUAAUAGUGGUAGUACCUUUAUCAUGGAUGAUUAUGAGGUUUUCCAGGUAACCAAUUCCAGAGAAGAGCAUUAUGUUGAGGAAAAUGAGAGCAUUAGUUGGACUGAAGUGAAAAAUUCUAAAGAGGAAUUGAGCAAUGAACAAUUGUUUAAUGCUAGUGUUAAAAAUCUUGCCGCUGCUGAUACUUUUAACGAAAGUGAUGGUAGUGUAUUAAAUAUUGGUGAGGAUACAAAGAGUUUUAAAAGUGAAGAUAAUAGUUUAGAAAGUGAAGUACUUGUUCUGUAG